AUGGGAGCCGCCGAGAGACCACUGCUUUCUUAUUUCGAGAAGGCCCCACCAUUGGCUGCGAUCGCGGUAGCAACGUUGGCCGGUGUGCACGUCGAGAUCAAGGCUGACCCCAAGUUCACAAAGGACAGCCUGCCAGCCCUUUCUAUUCCAGGAGGGGAACAGCUUGUGGGCUUGACCCCCAUCCUGCGCUACUUCUCGAGGCUUCAGGAUCCGCUGUAUGGAGGCUCUGCUUUCACAUCGGUUCAAGUGGACCAGUGGCUGGAAUUUGCGCCCCAUCUGGUCACAGGCGGCGGUCUGGAGCCAGCCUGCGCAACACUCAAUGAGGCCCUUGCCCUGCGCACCUACCUGGUGGGCUACAGCCUCUCCCCUGCAGACGUCGCCGUCUGGGGCCAGCUGCAGGUGACGUUGCAGUGGGACAAGCUGCGGAGGAGCGGCUCGCUGCCGCACCUGGGCCGCUGGUUUGAGCUAGUCAGCACAGAGGCGCUGUUGAAGGAGGUUGCUGACAAGUAUGGCCCCAAGAAGCCCAGCUCGCGCACAGAGUUCCGGAAAGAGCUGGCCGCUGCCGGCAUGGGCGGUGGAGACACCGGGUCCUUCAAAAUCGAUCUGCGCAACGUGGUGAAGGGGGCGGUGAAGACUCGGUUCCCCCCGGAGCCGUCAGGCUACAUGCACAUAGGGCAUGCCAAGGCGGCUCUGCUCAACUACCACAUUGCCACGCUGCAUGGCGGCCACAUGGCCAUCCGCUUCGAUGACACCAACCCCUCCAAGGAGAACACGGAGUACGUUGACGCCAUCAUCGCAGACGUGGAGCGGUUGGGGCUGAAGUUCAAGGGGCCCAUAACCUACACUUCGGAUUACUUUCCCCAGAUGCUGGACCUGGCCGAGCGCCUGAUCAAGGCCGGCAUCCUGUACGCGGAUGACACCCCCGUCGAACAGAUGCGCGCGGAGCGAAUGGAGGGGAUUGAGUCUCAGAGGAGGAAUCGAUCAGUAGAUGAGACCUUGGCGGUGUGGAAGGAGAUGGUCCAGGGAACGCCUGAGGGCAGAAAGAAUUGCAUCCGCUUCAAAAUCGACAUGAAGGAGAACAACGCCGCACUCAGGGACCCUGUGGCCUUCCGCUGCAAUGAUACCCCCCACUGGCGCACUGGCACGAAGUACAAGGCGCGCACCUGCCUCCCUCUCUUGCAGCUUGUGUAUCCGACGUACGACUGCGCGUGCCCCUUUGUGGAUUCUCUGGAGGGGGUGACUCACGCGCUGCGCACGAGCGAGUACAAGGACCGCGAAGCCCAGUUCUACUGGGUGCUCAAGGCGCAGCAGAAGGUAUGGCCGGGGCUGCCGGACGUGCAGAUCUGGGACUACUCCCGCCUGUCGCUGGUCAACACCGUGCUGAGCAAGCGCAAGCUGACCUGGUUCGUGGAGGCCGGGAAGGUCGAUGGCUGGGACGACCCGCGAAUGCCUACCGUGCAGGGUGUCUUCCGGCGGGGUCUGCAGCUGGAGGCACUGAAGGAGUUCAUCCUGUCCCAGGGCGCCUCCAAGAACGAGUGGGACAAGCUGUGGUCGACAAACAAGCGCAUCAUUGACCCCGUGUGCCCGCGCCACGUGGCUGUCAAGUCCGAUGGCCGCGUGAAGCUGCGCCUCAACAACGGCCCGGCCGAGCCGGAGGUUGUCAGCGUUCCUAAGCACAAGAAAAACGCGGACGUGGGCACCAAAGCCACCACUCGCACAAAGGAAGUCUGGCUGGAGCAAGAGGAUGCGCAGGCCAUCAGCGAGGGCGAAGAGGUCACCCUCAUGGACUGGGGGAACGCCAUUGUGCAGAGGGUGUCGAAGGACGAGUCAGGGGCGGCGACGGGGUUGGAAGGCGUCCUUCACCUGGAGGGCAGCGUGAAAACCACAAAGCUGAAGCUGACGUGGCUGCCUGACAUCAGCACGCUGACGCCGCUGCGCCUGGUGGAGCUCGACCACCUCAUCACAAAGAAGAAGCCCGAGGAGGAGGACAAGAUCGAGGACCUUGUCAACCCCAAUUCGAGGACCGAGUGCUUGGCGUGGGGUGACGCCAACAUGGGCGAGCUGCGCAAGGGGGAAGUGCUGCAGCUGGAGCGCAAGGGUUACUACAUUGUGGACGUGCCCGCUGCCCAGGGUGGGCAGCCAGCGGUCCUGUUUGCCAUCCCGGACGGCCAUCAGAAAAAGGUUGCGCAGCCGGCGCCGGCCGCAACCGCCGCCACCGUGGCCGCUCCGGCCGGCAAGGCCAGACAGCCGAAGGGCAUCAGCAAGGCUGUCUCCUUCCCACGCCUCACAACAGCUGCGUGCUACCAGAGCUCCACCCGCAGGACUGCAAGCAGCAGGACGUCUCCUCCGCCCUGCAGAAUGCCAGCAACACUUUGGCAGACGGCGUACCUCCGCCGCGCCACACCUCCAGCUCAGCAUCGCUCACCCCCUCAGACAGCUCCUAGGGCCUUGUUUUCGGAAAACUCAGGUUGUGGGCCUACCACUGCUGUCUUUUGAGCCUGCCAGGAUUCUGGCAGAUGGCUGUGAGAGUUAGCAGUCUGCUGCGAGCCCCGUCUGUAAAUUUUCAGGGACUUCAGUGUUGCUGCUUGUAUUGAUUGGUUGUGGGGGCAGGCCGAUACUCUCUGCGGCUUUGGAUUCUGCGCCAUAUCCACCCUUGGUGGCAUUUCUGGGGUGGAGCGGGACAAGAUUGGAAGCAAAGCCGUCAUUGCAGAGUGUGGGAUCCCCCUGGGACCGUGGGCCUCAGCCCUGCUCUGGGUAUUGUCAUGCGUGUCUGCUGCCCAGACACUUUAGAACCAGUAGUGGCUGAUUAGUCUUGUGGAACUUGAUUGGAACAAACUUUGAACUCUGCGCAAAUUACGAGACUGGUUGUGAGACUGGUUCUGCGUUGUACGUGUCCCCUGUUAUCUGCUUUGGGUGUCUCGGACUUGUUCUGCCAGAUGGCGUGGCGUCAGUGUAUGGCAUGUGCCCUGCCUGCACGAUUUACAAGGGCAUUGUUUUGUUGACCGGAAUCGAAGUCCUCGAUUGGAUUUGGCUGUGCCUUUUAACAUGCUUGGAACAAAUUUUAGCACAAAGCGUGUAAUAUGCCUCCGGGCGGUAUCGAGGCAAAUGCCAUGUAGGUGUGACGCUGACAGUCUGACAUGAUGACUUGUGCCCAUACCUCUUGUGCUUGAAUCUUAAAGAUAGUUGCCUUUACACUCCUUUUGUAUGUACAGGUUUGCCCAAGGAACCCCUUGAGAUCUGUGCUAGCUGGUUCUAGCAAUCCCUGUCAAAUGCCAGGCGCUGAAAUAACUGCGCCGUGACCUAAGAAAAACACUAUACAUAUGUCUCCGAGCCAGAAGGGGUUAAUCGAAUUCAGCUCCAAAUAGAGUGCAAGCCUGCUGCACCCCUUUCAACGAGAGACAGAUAUGCAGCAGUGCCCGCCUGAAACCUUGGCUGAAAGAAUAUACACACCAAAGAAUGACUGCCCUCUCCCACUCCCCACCUUAUAAAUAGUCGAUUACAGUACCAAGAGAUAAAUGCAGCAGCUAAAGCAACGUGUCAAACAACACACCAAGACACUAUCUGAAUGGAAGUUCAAACCAACUAGUUUUCAGCUUAAAAUUCCCCCCGCUGAUUUACGGCUGUCCUUCACUUGAGCAAUUCAGCAUCUCCUUCCUCGAAGGUGGUUUCAAAUAUGAGUUGGCCAGACUCCUCCCUUUGCUGCCUCCAGCCCUUACCGGCACAACAACUUGCAUCCCCUCGUGCCAAGUACCAACAGAAAUACACAGUUUAUUACCCGGAAUACAGCGACAAGUGCUGUGCUGCCUGCAUGGAAUAGAUCCUAGCCUACCCUUCAAACUACCCAUCAGCGAAGUCAAUUGACAGCCAGAUCAGACGCCAAUACGAGCCAAAUUGCUCCCUGCAGCUGUUGCAGCAAGUCUUGUCUUGAUUCUGUCUUGAUUGGAUUCCAGUAUUCUCAUGCAUGCAGGAAUGCAAUCCCAAAGGUUCUUGUUUGCCUCCUGGGUGCCCACAGCUUAGACUUAUUCUUAUUUGAGUUCAAGGCCUGUUUGAUAAAGAGGCAGCCCCCAAAUGGGCAUGCACCUGGAUAUUUUUGCCAGGUGAACAACAUUGCAAUCCCUUCGAAUCUUCUUUUUCAGCCCGUCAACUGCGGGGCGCCAUGCGCGGCAGUGCCGGCAUUGAUAUAAUAUUGUUGAUACUCCGGCGCCCCCCGCCUCGGGGGUGGAUGUCACGUUGCACGGGAGCCAGAACAGGCGCUGACAUGCGCAGCCAGAUCAGGCGCGGCGCCAGACUUUCAGGUUCAA